AUGGCAUCUCUUCAUUCCACUUAUUCAACAAUAACUAUUCUCUCAGCAUUGGCAUUGGCCUCUUUCAUGGCAGCGUAUGGUGGCAACUUCUACAACGAUUUUGAGAUAACAUGGGGAGAUGGACGCGCCAAGAUACUCAACAACGGCGAGCUUCUCACUGUUUCCCUUGAUAAAUCCUCUGGCUCAGGGUUCCGAUCCAAGAACGAAUAUCUCUUUGGCAAGAUUGAUAUGCAGAUCAAGCUUGUACCUGGCAACUCUGCUGGCACCGUCACUGCCUACUAUUUAUCGUCAAAUGGCUCAACUUGGGAUGAGAUUGACUUUGAAUUCUUGGGGAAUCUGAGCGGAGACCCAUACAUUCUUCACACCAAUGUGUUCAGUCAGGGAAAAGGCAACAGAGAGCAACAGUUCUAUUUGUGGUUCGACCCAACAGCUGAUUUCCAUACUUAUUCCAUUCUUUGGAAUCCUCAGCGUAUUAUCUUCUCAGUGGAUGGAACCCCCAUAAGAGAAUUCAAGAACAUGGAAUCAAAGGGAGUUCCAUUCCCAACGUCGCAGCCAAUGAGGAUAUACUCAAGCCUUUGGAAUGCUGAUGACUGGGCAACGAGAGGUGGUCUUGUUAAGACAGAUUGGACCAAAGCUCCUUUCACCGCUUCUUAUAGGAAUUUCAAUGCCAAUGCAUGCGUCCAUUCCUCAGCGUCGUCUGCGUCUCCCUCAUCAUCUUGCACUUCCAACUCUGCCUCAUCCAAUAAUGCGUGGCUCUCCCAACAAUUGGAUUCAACAAGUCAAGACAGAUUGCUUUGGGUGCAGAAGAAUUACAUGAUUUACAAUUAUUGCAGCGACACCAAAAGAUUUCCUCAAGGCCUUCCCACAGAGUGCAAAACAUCCUAA